CCCAUGUGCUCCGUGAAUCUGUGGCGGAGCCGCUGACCGCCCGUGACCGCCACCGCGCAGGUACGUGAGACGGCGAUGAAGUUCCGUUGGGUGGGAGCCCUGCUGCUCUCCGCGGCCGCCUAUUACGUUUACCUCCCGUUGCCGAGUGGCGUGAGCGAACCGUGGAAGCUGAUGCUGCUGGACGCGCUCUUCCGGAGCUUCAUACGGGCGAGUCACGUGGCUCACUCGCUGGGCGCGUGCCACCGAGUCCACCUGCUGAACCGGGCCAUCUCAUGGGUGGAGGUGACUGACGCACGCUCCUCGCCGACCGUGCACGUGACGGACUCCACGCUCGGGGCCGUGCCCACCCGUGUGUUUCAGCCAAUCGGAGGGGCGGGGCUGAAACGAGGGGUCAUUUAUUUCCACGGAGGGGGGUGGGCCCUGUGCAGCGGCCGGAUGCGCUCCUACGACCUCCUUUGUCGGAAAAUGGCGGAGGACCUGGACGCCGUCAUCAUGUCUGUGGAUUACCGACUGGCUCCAGAGGCCGUGUUUCCGGACCAGUACCACGAUGCCGUGGCGGCGUCCCGCGCCUUCCUGUCCUCUGAGGUUUUGCAGCGCUACGGUAUCGACCCGGAGAGAGUCUGCGCGUCAGGAGACAGCGCCGGGGGGAACCUGGCUGCCGCCGUGGUGCAAGAGCUCAUCUCUGACCCGACUCUGACGGUGAACUUCAAGGUCCAGGCGUUGAUCUACCCGGUGCUGCAGGCUCUUGACUUCCUCACCCCGUCCUACCAGCAGAACCAGGACGUGCCCAUCCUCUACAGGCCCCUCAUGGUCCAGUUCUGGCUGGAGUACCUGGGUGCCGACGCCUCCCUGGAGCCCCUCCUGCUGGCGAACAACCACAGCUCUCUGGACCAGCCCGGCAUCAGCGCCGCGACCCGCUCCAAGCUGAACUGGACGGCGCUGCUGCCGGCAGAGCGCAGGAAGAGCUUCCAGCAGGUCGUGAAGGAGACGGGAUCGGGGGGGCUGGUGGGCAAGUUACCGGGUCUGACCGACGUGAGGGCGGCGCCGCUGCUGGCGGAGCAGGACGUUCUGAGGAGGACGCCCAAAGCGUACGUGAUGACCUGCGAGUUUGACGUUCUGAGGGACGACGGGCUGAUGUACGUGAGGCGGCUGCGGGACGCCGGCGUCUCCGUGACCAGCGACCACUACGAAGACGGUUUCCACGGCUGCAUGGCGUUCGCCUUCCUGCCGGUGAUGUCGAGCGUCGGUCAGAGGAGCCUGAACAACUACAUCCGCUGGCUGGACCAGAACCUGUAGAGUUCUUCAGAGAGAAGAGAGGAGUUCUUCCAGGAAGCUCAGGUCCAGUCCACUGCAUGCACGCCGCCGCCGGCGCUGCCACUGCCACUGUUUGUGUGAAUUUAAAACAAAAAAGCUUUUAUUCAUCAUUCUAUAAACGGAAAGAUUCAAAGUUUUCUUGUGGGGCAUGAAAACUUCAGUAAGCGCCCCAGAGACUCGUUUAAUUUGAUUUAUUUGCACAUUAUUCACAGGUUUUCUAUCAUUUCCACCUUUAGUAAAGAAAAAGUUUAGUGUUUUAUUUUUUCAGUCUUUGCCUCUUUGAAAAUUACUAUUUUUUACGAAUAUUUGUAUUAAAAUAUUUUAGCUGGAAGAAUUUAAAGUUAAAAAAGAACAGCCGUGGAUUAAAAGUAAAAUCUUUCAAAUGGAUCCUUGGAACCAGCUUUUAUUUUGAAAGGUCGGAAUUAAGUCAGGCUAACCUAAAGAUUCCGUUUUUUCAUGUCAUAAACCUGGAUCAGCUUCAAGUAAAUUUUAAAAAGAUUGUAAAUCAGUAGAAAAAAAUGUUUUAAAUAAAAUAACAAUUUUAACCUAAAACUAAACCUAAAAAAACUUUUUAAAUAAAGUUUUCAGUUUUUCUUCAAAUUUACAUUAUUUUAAUUUUCAAAUUAAACUCUUUCUAAAUGACCGUUUUUGUUCUCCACUUUCCAAUGUGGUUUUUAUUCCCUUUAAUCUGAAGCUGAUGGUCGUCUCCUCACAUGAACUCGGCGGCUCUACUCCAGGAUAAAAAUGGGAAUUUUAGAAAGGAAUGACCUAAAAAAUGUUCAUAAACCUUAAAUCUAUCAUCUUACAUGUUUAACCCUAAAGAACCCAAAACAAUUGUCCUCUGGGCUUUCAGUUUUUUGUUAGUUCAUUUUGGGUUGCAGCAAAUAACCACAGCCAAAUAAUAAUAAUAAUAAAAUUAAAUGAUAAAAAACAUAGAAAGAAAUACAAUAAAAAAUGAAAAAACAAAAAGAAAUGAAUAAAUAAAAGAAAACAAAUUACAGAAAGAAAUGGGUACAGUUUUAAAAAGUAAAUAAAUAUACUGUGACCAAAUUAGUCCCAGUGGGUUCUGCAGGGUUAAAAACAGCAUGAAGACCAAAGCGACGCUGAAUUAGAAAUCUUCCUGUUUCACAUCAGAAACAGGAAAAAUGUGGCGACUGAAGUCGGGCUGCAACUGCUGCCACCCCCCCACACACAUACUUUUUUAUCAUCAUUCUCCAGACUUUCUGAUAAUUGUUUUCAGUUAUGCUCCCCUCCCUCCGUACCGCACAGGCAAAUGUAAAAGUGUUUCUUAAAGAUAGAGAUAACUUUUAAAGUUUUAUUUUGAAAGUCAGAAAUCUUUUCUCUGACAUUUUCCUGCACGUUCAUCUCAAACGUCUCCUCAUUCCUGGCAGAUUAGAGCCUCCGUGUGGAAAUGCAAAAGCUUUGCGUUCCCUCUCUGCACAGGAAGACGCGCGUCUGCAGGGGAGGCUGAGGCAGCAGAGCGUUCACGCUCCUCCACGGAGUCCUGGCAGAUUCAUGACAGGAAGUCCUCAUCAUUCCUGCUCUUCCCGGAGCUCCGCGUGGUAGAUCUGCUUAUGCUAGAACCUCAUGAACGCUUGGGGGGGGGUUCUGGACGAGCUUCAGGGCCCCCACAGCUCGGGUCUGGAUCCUAAAGUUCAGUUUCCUGUCUUUCCUGGCGUCCUCGUGGUUCCGACCUCCGUCUGUGCUGCGGUAACGUUGGGGUGUUUGUGUUUGCUGCAGUGCGCGUCACGGUUCGUGCACGCUCCGGGUAUGCAGCGCUGAUAACGGCGGCAGAUAAGAAGUCCCGACUGCAGAGGAGAGCCGUGACCUUCCUCUGGUGGAGCCGAGGAGGCGGCCUGAUGCCACAAAAAAAAAAAAAGAAAAAAAAGGUUCUGGGUUUAGUUUUGUUAGUUGAAGGUCUUGUUGCUAUGGAAACAUCCCUCCAUUUAAGAAUUUUCAGGAAAAAAAGACUUUUUAGUAAGUAAGCCUACAAAUAUAAUAGGAAACUAUAUAUAAUAUAACAUUAAAGGAAUAAUUGUUCAUAUCCAAGCUAUGCAACAGGUUGUGUCCGUCGCACAGCAAGUUCUGCUGGCUGUGCUGACAGCUUUAUGCAGCCGGACGGGGACCUUUUAUGGGUGUUCUGCUCUGCACUGUGAGGUUUUGGGGGGGUGUUCUCUGGAAAACAUGUAUGAGUGAUUUAUUUUGAUGCUGUAAAUGUGUAAAGCAGAUCUGAAACAUUUCACAAUUGUUAAAUAUUUAUGAGGAAUGAACUCUAUAACUUGAUUUUUCCGCACAUGGUUUCAUUUUGGAACUGCUAUAGUUGAACAAAGCUGGUUACUGUGAUUUUGGACAAAAAUUAGAUUCAAACUUUUUUUUUGUAUUAGUAAUGAGUUUUCUGUCGUCUUCCUGGAUUCUAGUACAAAAAAGAAAGAUUUAAAUGUUUUUGUAAGCAUUUAAAACAGUAGUCUGAUGGUUUUCUUUGGAAUCAGAAAUCAUUUUCCCCUCAAAAACUAAUUAUGGAUGUGAUUUGGUUUUUUAUCUUCAAAAUAAAUUGUUUUUGUCA